UUGUUUGACGUUUUUAACUAUUUCUUUCAAAAUGGCUCCCACCCGGAGUAUCAUCGGGUUUUUAAAUCCAAAAACCCUUACCGCGGUGUUUAGUAAUAAUAUUAACAAAACUACGUGUCGGUUCGUCCAUAAAUGUAAUAAAUGUGAAAAAUUUAUUGGAGGGCCUGCGAUUGCUAUUGCAUCAUUAGUGCACAAUAAAUUCAAUUAUAACACGGGGACUACUAAACAUCGAUAUAUUCACACCACCAACUGUCUGGCCGCUCGCGUCGAUUACUACAAGGUGCUGGGCGUUUCAAAGAAUGCCUCCGCUAAAGAUGUGAAGAAGGCAUACUAUCAACUUGCGAAGAAAUAUCAUCCGGACGCAAAUAAAUCUGAUCCCGAGGCCUCUAAAAAGUUCCAGGAAGUCUCGGAGGCUUAUGAGAUUCUCUCUGAUGAAAACAAGCGUAAGCAGUAUGACACCUUCGGCACAACAUCAGAGCAGAUGGGCAUGGGAGGUGCUCCGGGUGGGACUGAUGGGUUCACCCACCAGUGGCAGUACAAGGCCACCAUAGACCCCGAGGAGCUGUUCAGGAAAAUAUUUGGAGACGCUGGUUUCAAGAGUGAAUCGUUUAGUGAUUUUGCCGAGAGUCAGUUUGGAUUUGGUGCUGCUCAGGAAGUCAUAGUAAAUCUCCGGUUCACGGAAGCGGCGCGUGGCGUGAACAAGGAUGUGAACGUGAACAUAGUAGACACGUGCCCAAAGUGCCAGGGCUCUCGCGCCGAGCCCGGCACUAAGGCCAUCAAGUGCACAUACUGCAACGGAACAGGGAUGGAGACAUUCUCACGAGGGCCUUUCGUAAUGCGGUCCACCUGCCGGCACUGUCACGGGACCCGCAUGUUGAUCAAGUUCCCCUGCGUCGAGUGUGAAGGAAAAGGCCAAUCGGUACAACGCAAGAAGGUGACGGUGCCAGUGCCGGCUGGCGUAGAGGACGGGCAGACGGUACGCAUGGCGGUCGGCAACUCGGAGAUCUUCGUCACCUUCAAGGUGGAAGCCUCCAAGUACUUCCGCCGCGACGGACCCGACGUGCACUCCGAAUGCACGAUUUCCGUAUGCCAAGCCUUAUUGGGUGGCACAGUUCGGAUACAGGGCCUCUAUGAAGACCACACCCUCCAGAUAUUGCCAGGCACAUCGUCGCACAAGCUGAUCAGGUUGUCAGGGAAAGGUAUGAAGCUAGUCAGCAAGCACGGCUACGGAGACCACUACGUACACAUCAAAAUAAAGGUCCCCGCAACUUUGAACGAGAAACAAAAGGCGCUUAUCUACGCUUACGCCGAGCUAGAAGAGGACACGCCCGGCCAAAUCCUAGGUGUCUCGUAUGACAGAGAUGAAAAUUCUAAAUCUAACAACAAAAAACAGGGAACGAUACACGAAGCUAACAGAGACACAGAGGAUGCUCCAAGAGACAGCACCCAACCAUCAUUUCUAGAUAAUCUAGCAGAGACUUACAGAGUCAACAAACCUUAUUUUGUAAUAGGAUUCGUCAUGUCUUUGAUUCUGUGUAGUAUGGUGAUAAUGAAUGACCCGCAAGACAGGUAUGGCGUGGAUGCUUAUAUGAAUAGGAGAGAGACAGAGGAAGAUAGAAGUGUGAAAGGGCCUUUGGGUUACCAGAACGCUAUAAGAAGGGAGAAGGAAAAAAAUCCAGAAUUGUAUGAUGCGUGA